UUGUUUGUUAAGCAUCUGACUGCGGAACUAGCUUCCUUGUCCAAAACAACUACCAUCUAGUUCCGAUUUUCCCAGCAAGAAGAUUCUCAAUUUAUUUAUUUUUUAUUCACCUUCUUUGAUUUUCCGUAAGAGUCGCAGCAGAAGCACGAUCACUAUGAACACUGAAUAGGAGAGUUCUCGAAUUUAGUAUUUCGUCCGCAAAUUUCCGUGUGACAAUUUGUUCCUCAGUUUCGGAGCUUCAUGCUCUGCUUGCACAUGCAUUUGCUGGUUCUUCGCGCAGCUUUUUCUAUUUUUUGAUUUCCUCUGCUUUUGCUUCAACUGGUUUAGGCUUACCAAACUUUCUUCGUUCUUGAAUGACCGUUGGGUUUGCGUAGUUGGCUAAUCACAUUCAUCACUCAAGCUUUCAAGCGAACUUAAAGUGUUCAGAUACUCAGAAACUGUUGCUUCUGAGCAUCCGAGUUUACAGAUUAUUGGUCGCUUAUUGGGUUUUUUAUCCUCUUCAUUCUCAGCUAUAUGGUGACUUUGAAGUCCGUUCACAGAGUAUUACGGUUUUGGUCCUGUGUGUUUUUCCGAAUUUACAAGUUUUGCCGACUUAAAAGUACUAGUGUUGAGAAUUGAUAUUGGGGAUUCUCAGCUAUAUGGUGAUUUUGCCGACUUAAGGGAGCAAUGAGCUAAAUUUUUUUUCCAAAGAGUUAGAUAAAGAAGGGUUUUGACAGUCAAGAAAAGAAAGAUUUCAGGAAAAUGAGCGAUGCCGGUUCAGUAACAACGCAAAAUAAGUUUCAGGAUAAAUACAUGGAUUUGUCAUCUUGUAUGGAGCCACAGAAGUCGACGGUUAUAGAGAACUCUCAAGCAAAAGAACCAGAAGCUAGUUCUUCGCCGCGAAGAGGGUUGAACCAUCGCAUAACAGCACCUGUUGGAACUGAGAGGAGUCAGCUUAUUUAUCAUAAUGAAGUUACGUUUUCUAGAUCUUUUACAGAGAAGACAGCGUCUCCAAGGCAUAGCUUAAUAUUGGACAGACUUUUAGAGCGCAAAAAGAAUAAAUUGAUUGGGAACCUUGUGAAGAUACAAAGUGAUGGGACUUUCAAAGUGGAUUUAGAAAAGAGUGAGCCUGUUGCAUCAGAAUUGUUAGAACUCCAAUCAUUUGAAGACUUGGCAGUGAGGGACAUUUUUGUUCCUGAAUGCACAAAACCAAUCCCAAGGUUGCAAAUUGCUAUACUUGUUGUUGGAACUAGAGGAGAUGUACAGCCUUUUCUGGCCAUUGCAAAGAGACUACAGGAGUACGGUCAUCAUGUUAGGUUAGCAUCUCAUGCUAAUUUUAACACAUUUGUAAAGUCAGCUGGCAUAGAUUUCUAUCCUUUGGGUGGUGAUCCUCGAGUUUUGGCUGGAUAUAUGGUAAGAAAUAAAGGUCUAAUCCCAUCAGGACCAUCAGAAGUAUCCACUCAAAGAAAGCAGCUGAAGGUCAUUAUUGAAUCUCUUCUCCCAGCAUGCACAGCACCUGAUUUGGAAAGUGGUGUUCCUUUCAGAGCUCAGGCUAUUAUUGCCAAUCCUCCUGCCUAUGGACAUGUACAUGUUGCUGAAGCCCUUGGGGUGCCCCUUCACAUCUUCUUCACUAUGCCUUGGACGCCAACAUAUGAGUUCCCUCACCCUUUGGCACGUGUUCCUCAGAGUGCUGGUUAUUGGCUGUCCUACGUUGUUGUAGAGCUAAUGAUGUGGUGGGGGAUGAGAGGAAUUAUCAAUGACUUCAGGAAACGGACAUUGAAGCUUGCUCCUAUCGCAUACUUCAGUAUGUACCGUGGAUCGAUAUCUCAUUUACCAACUAGCUAUAUGUGGAGUUCUCAUGUUGUUCCAAAGCCAAAUGACUGGGGCGCUUUAGUUGAUGUUGUUGGUUAUUGUUUCAUAAACCUUGGAUCAGAGUACCAACCACGGGAUGAUUUUGUCCAAUGGAUUGAAAAGGGACUAAAACCCAUAUAUUUUGGGUUUGGGAGCAUGCCUCUUGAAGAUUCCAAAAAAACGACCAAUGUUAUAUUGGAGGCACUGAAGGAUACAGAACAACGGGGUAUCAUUGAUCGAGGUUGGGGAAAUCUUGGGAAUUUGGAGGAAGUUCCGGAGAAUGUUUUCCUUCUAGAGGAAUGUCCUCAUGAUUGGUUGUUUCCUCAAUGUUCUGCCGUGGUGCAUCAUGGUGGUGCUGGAACCACAGCCACUGGAUUAAAAGCCGGGUGUCCCACUGCCAUAGUUCCAUUCUUUGGAGAUCAGUUUUUCUGGGGAGAACGAAUAUAUGAGAAAGGAUUGGGACCUGCCCCAAUACCAAUCUCUGAGCUCACUCGCGAGAACUUAUCAAAUGCCAUAAAAUUCAUGCUCCAGCCAGAGGUGAAAUCUCGAGCAGUGGAAAUAGCCAAAUUGAUUGAGAAUGAGGAUGGUGUUGGUGCUGCAGUGGAUUCAUUUCACCGUCAUCUGCCUCCUGAUUUACCGCUCCCAAGUCCAUCGCCACCGGCGGAGAAGGACCAACCUUUUCCACUGCAGUGGUUUUUUCUUCAGGUCGCAAAAUUGUGCUGUGUGCCUUGUGGUGGUAUCUAGGCUUUUUGUAUUUAACUUCAAUCUUCUUUUCUUUAUAUAUAUAGAAUAGAGGUUCCUUUUUUUUUUUUCCCUUCCUGAAUUUAACAACAUGGUAAUUUGCUAUGGUUUACCAUUCAUUUUAGUCAAGUAUCAAACUCUUCGAGAGUUUGAUUAAUAAUUCAUAUUGAAGAUGUAGAUUAGACUUGUAUUCUACUUUGUGUAUAUAGGAGGUUUUGCUA